AGCCCUGCUGUUCUCGAUGCAAUGUGCUCAGAAGAUGCAGACUGUCCCAUGGGAAACCCAGUGGUUCAUGGCAAUGGGAUAAAAACUGGGAAGUGUGUGAUGUUCAACACCACCCAUUCCACCUGUGAGAUCUAUGGCUGGUGUCCUGUGGAGAACAACACCCUGCCUAGGUGCAAUACUUUGCAAACCAAUGACCCCACCUAUUUCAAGAGCUGCAUGUAUGAUCCAUUCUUCCACCCCUCCUGCCCCGUCUUCCGUGUCCGUGACAUGGUGGAGGCAGCUGGAGAGACCUUUGGAGACCUUGCACUGCUGGGGGGGAGUAUUGGAGUUCGCAUCGAGUGGGACUGUGACCUGGAUCACCCCGCUGCCCAGUGCCAGCCGCAGUACUCCUUCAGCCUGCAGGACAGGAGGUACAAUUUUAGAACUGCCUCCUAUUACUGGGACUCCCAGCAGCAGCUCUACCGGAACCUACUGAAGCUCUAUGGCAUCCGUUUUGAUAUUUCUGUGCACGGCCAGGCUGGGAAGUUCGCCCAGAUGGUCAUGUCUAACCUCUGCAGCUCAUGGGAGCAGGCUGGGCCAAAGAGGACCUGCUGGAGCUGCCUGGGUGGCCUGGCCCGGGGGCAGGCCACGGUGGUUUGUGACCUGGUUCUGCUCUACCUGGAUGCGAAGGCUGACUUCUAUUGGAAGGAGAAGUUUGAGGAGGUGAAACCUCCUAAAGGGCUGAUGCUCAGCGAGGACAAGCGUAGCCCUGGGGCUGUGUCGGCCUGCUGCAGGGUAGGGACUGGCCAGGUCCAUGCCUGGGGGGGCUCAAGGACCCCCGCAAGCCACUGA